CUGCUGCUGUGCUGGGAAGCACGGCCAUGGCAUCCGGUCUCCUGGACGCAGGAAGUGCAUUUGGUGGCUCGGCUAAUUCUUUAGUUAGCAGAUGCUCGUCAGUGGAAGACAACGAUGAUGAUGUUGUGUUUGUUGAAUCUGUACAACCUCCCUCCAUUUCUGCUGCAGCAGUAGCUGAUGAAAGAGACUGUAUAUUUACAUCAUCAAAAAAUGAACAUCCGCAAGACAAUUAUUCCAUAAACGUUCCUUCCUCAAGAAAUUUUGCCUCUGUAAAGAGAAAUAUUUGUGAGACAAUUGUCAUUGAGGAUGAAGAGGACUUACUAGAAACACCUGAAGGGAAAGAGAAACAGUCUUGCAGUUUUACUGAAUGGGGUAUUCCUGGAGCUAAAAACAGAACCCAAGAUUCGGAUUCCUCCACUUCCAGACUUUCAAGAAGUAAGAACACCAACUUGGGCGAUGUCUCUGACGGACUGCAGUCAAGUCAUUUCGGUGUUAACAUACAAACAUACACCCCGACUUUAACUUCACAGACCAAGACUGGAGUAGGAUCUUUUAAUCCUGCUAGGAUGCAUGUGGCAGGAGAUGUGUUUCAGAAUGGGGAGUCUGCCUCUCACCACAAUCCUGAUUCAUGGAUCUCCCAAUCAGCCUCAUUUCCAUGUAAUCAGAAACAGCCAGGGGUGGAUUCUUUAUCACCAGUGGCCUUACUUGCUAAACAGAAUUUCCUGCCGUCAGCCCAACAACUUAAUGCACCAGCUAAAAUUAUUUGUGCAAACUGCAAAAUUGCUUUGCAGAAGGGACAGACAGCUUACCAGCGAAAAGGAUCAGCUCACCUCUUUUGUUCUACCACCUGCCUUUCAUCCUUCUCUCACAAACCGUGUCGAAAGUCACGAAAAGUUAUGUGUAAAAAAAAUGGACCUACGACGAACGCUGCUAUUGUUAUUCCCGUGGAAUCAAGCCAAUGCUUUGGAGAAUUUUCUGGUCCGUCCUCUUUGUCUCCCUACGAAGAUGGCCAAGAUCCCAGAAAAGGAGUUUUUAAUAAGUCGAGAUGUACAAUCUGUAGCAAAUUAACAGAGAUUCGCCAUGAAGUCAGCGUUAAUAAUAUAACGCAUAAGCUGUGCAGCAACGACUGCUUUGAUAAAUACAGACUGGCCAAUGGUCUCCUGAUGAACUGCUGUGAGCAGUGUGGAGAGUAUUUGCCCAGGAAAGCUUCAGGAACCAGCAUCCUAACUAUCCGAGAUCAGCAGAAAAAAUUUUGCUGCCAAAGUUGUGUUAACGAAUACCAGCAGAUGGUGGAAACAAAACCAAAACUGUUCUCAGCAUCAGAUAACAGAAAAAGGAAUGCUGUUGGAGAUGAAGAAGAAGAGGGAAAAUCAUAUGGAUCUUCAAAUAUGCUUUUGGAAGCAUCAAGGGAAAUCAUAGCAGAGAAAAGGGAAAAGACCUGCGAGCCACAGGCCUCGGCGGCGUGCAGCACCGGUCCGUUUCUACUCCUGCCGAGUGUGGCUCCAACCUCCCUGUUAACCAGGGUGGGUAGGAUCCAAGAGCAGCUGGAAGACUCGGUCACAGCAGGCUUGCUCUGUGCAGACUCGGUCACGGCAGGCUUGCUCUGUGCAGACUCGGUCUCGGCAGGCUUGCUCUGUGCAGACCCCGGCACGUGGCCUCGAGUUUUAAGUGCUAAACAACGAGAUACUCUUGUUGAAAAUGAUCUGCCUCAAGGCCUAGACGUGAUCCUGAAGUCUUGGCACGCCGCGCUGCCUUCGGCAUACGCCCCGCCCCGGAAGUGCGUCGGGAAGCCGGGAGCGAGGCUGCAGGGCGCCGCGCCGAGGCCUGGCGACGCGCAGCCCGUGCGCACGCGCACACGGCGCCCCGGCGCGGCCCGGGAGGAGGGGCGGGGCCCGGGCCGGCGUCUCGCCUUCCAACUGCAGCUGGCGGCGGCGCCAUUUUGA